GAGUUUCCUCCUCCAUCACCAUCGUCUUCACCACUCUCUCUUUCUCUCACACUGAUUGCUGUCGAAAUGCUAGCAAGCAGUAGCUUCCAUGGCCGACCUUAUUCUCACUUCGCACACUCAACAACUAGUAGAGACAACAAACCCCCUAUCUCCUCCUACUCCCCCCUUACAAAACCCCACUCUAUUCCUUCUGUCUGUGCUUUUCUUUUGUCGAGAAGAAUAACCUCGAAUCGGUUCAAAAUACGGGCUCUAAAUCGCGAGUCUAAUGGUGACUCAGUCGCAGAAAAAGAAGCAAUACCGUUUUUCCCUCACCGCCAUUCCGUUAAAAUUCCCGUCGGAGAUAGACACAUAAUAGUUGAGACUGGUCAAAUAGGAAGACAAGCUAGUGGAUCUGUUAUUGUAAGAGAUGGAGAAACGAUUCUCUAUACAUCUGUUUGUUUGUCUGAUACUCCAAGUGAGCCUUCUGACUUUUUCCCUAUGUCUGUAAAUUAUCAAGAACGUUUUUCAGCAGCUGGUAGAACUAGUGGAGGAUUUUUCAAGCGGGAAGGAAGGACAAAGGACCAUGAGGUACUUAUCUGUAGACUAAUUGAUAGACCAUUACGCCCAACCAUGCUCAAGGGCUUCUACCAUGAAACUCAAAUACUAUCAUGGGUUUUGAGCUAUGAUGGUCUGCACCCCCCAGAUUCUCUAGCUGUUACAGCAGCUGGAAUUGCAGUAGCUUUGUCAGAAGUGCCAAAUACAAACACUAUAGCAGGAGUUCGAAUUGGUUUAAUUGAUGAUAAGUUUAUCGUGAAUCCAACAACCAUGGAGAUGGAAAAUUCAAAAUUAGAUUUAUUGUUAGCAGGGUCAGAAAGUGGGAUAUUGAUGAUAGAGGGUUACUGUGACUUUCUUCCUGAAGAGAAGUUGCUUCAAGCAAUAGAAAUUGGCCAUGAUGCUGUUAGAGCCAUAUGCAAAGAGGUGGACAAUUUGGUAAAGAAGUGUGGGAAACCCAAAAUGCUUGACUCAAUUAAGUUACCUCCACCUGAGCUGUAUAAACAUGUGGAAGAAAUUGUUGGUGAGGAGUUGGUCAAAGUGCUGCAACUUAAAAGCAAAAUACCAAGAAGAAAAGCACUCUCAUUGUUAGAGGAAAAAGUUAUGUGUAUACUUACUGAAGAGGGUUAUGUUAGUAAAAGUGAAACUAGUGUUGGUACUGAAAUAACUCCAGACAUGUUGGAGGAUGAGGAUGAAGAAGAGGAAUUUGUUGUUGAUGGUGAAUUUGAUGAAGGCGAUGUUCACAUAAAACCAGUCUCUAAAAAACCGGUUCCCCUGUUUUACGCGGAGGUAGAUGUGAAAUUGGUGUUCAAGAGUGUAACAUCCAAAUACCUUCGAAAACGAAUAGUGGAGGGAGGAAAAAGAAGCGAUGGAAGAAGUUCAGAGGAGAUACGUGUUAUUGACUCAGAAUGUGGGUUACUUCCUAGAGCACAUGGAAGUGCUCUUUUUACACGUGGGGAAACACAGUCGUUGGCAGUGGUUACCCUUGGGGAUAGACAGAUGGCGCAAAGAAUAGACAUCCUUGCGGGUGUAGAAGAUGUGAAAAGGUUCUAUCUUCAGUAUUCAUUCCCACCAUCUUGUGUUGGGGAAGUUGGGCGAAUUGGUGCACCAAGUAGAAGAGAAAUUGGUCAUGGUACCCUUGCAGAAAGAGCCCUGGAACCUGUAUUGCCUUCUGAAGAAGAUUUUCCAUAUACUAUACGUGUCGAGAGUACCAUAACAGAAAGUAAUGGAUCUUCAAGUAUGGCAUCAGUUUGUGGGGGAUGCCUAGCAUUACAAGAUGCUGGAGUGCCAUUAAAGAGUCCUAUUGCAGGUAUAGCAAUGGGACUGGUUUUGGACACAAAGGAAUUUGGGGGAGAUGGGACCCCACUUAUUUUAUCUGACAUCACUGGCUCUGAGGAUGCUUCUGGAGAUAUGGACUUCAAGGUUGCUGGAAAUGAUGAUGGAGUAACCGCAUUCCAAAUGGAUAUAAAGGUAGGAGGAAUCACUUUGUCAACAAUGAAGCAUGCUUUAAUGCAAGCAAAGGAAGGGCGAAAACGUAUUCUUGCUGAGAUGUUGAAAUGCUCACCUCCUCCUUCAAAGAAGCUUUCCAAGCAUGCUCCACUUAUUCUUGUAAUGAAGGUUAAACCUGAGAAGGUUAAUCUUAUUAUUGGUUCUGGGGGUAAAAAGGUGAAGAGUAUUAUUGAAGAGACUGGUGUGGACUCUAUUGACACACAAGAUAAUGGAAUAGUUAAAAUAACUGCAAGAGAUAUGGCAAGCUUAGAAAAGUCAAAAGCUAUUAUCAGUAACUUGACCAUGGUUCCGAUUGUUGGUGAUGUAUAUAGGAAUUGUAAAAUCACAUCCAUUGUUCCUUAUGGAGCUUUUGUUGAAAUAGUACCAGGGCGUGAGGGACUUUGCCAUAUUAGCGAGUUGAGUCCAGAUUGGCUGUCAAAACCAGAAGAUGCUUUUAAGGUUGGAGACGUUGUUGAUGUGAAGCUGAUUGAGAUCAAUGAAAAAGGGCAACUUCGUCUAAGCCGAAAAGCACUGCUUCCAGUUCCAGAGGGGAGUACAGAUGGUGCUGCGACAAAGGAGAGUGGGAGCCCACAGAAAUAUACAGAGAGAAGCAAAUUUAGACGAAUGGGUGAUGGAACAGGAGAAGAGACUUCUUCAGGUCAACGCAAAGAUAAGAGCCCUGAAGGCGUGUUCAUCAAAAGAUACGUUGGCUCCGGCUCCGGGUCCCGCAAAAGCGAGCAAAAAACAAGCACCACCAAACCUGAUACCCCUGCUGCAUCUGCAUCUAAUGAAAGUGGAAAUACACUAGUUAAUGGGGAGGCUCAAACCUGCUCUAGAACUAAAAGGGUAGAGGAGGGAGGAGGUGUCAUCAGCCAAGAAGGGAUGCGGGAAUUUGUAUAAACUAACUUAAACAACAUUUUUCACAACAACAUCCAAAGACCGAAGUUGGGGUGGGGGGACACUAGAAACUCUAGUUAUAAACCAAACCAGCUACUGACGCUGCUGUAUUUUUGUCUCAGAAACCAAUAGUGUGACUAACUUAAGCCUGU